AUGCUAGGAAUCAAAUCACCUCUGAUAUUAAUACCAUUUUUUUUUUCGUCAACGUUAAUCACGUUAACAAGUGCAUUAAAACCAGAGUUUAUUUUCAACAAUGAUGAAGACGGUUGUCCUCCCUGUUUUAAUUGUAUGUUGCCAAUAUUUGAAUGUAAGCAAUACUCUACGUGUAACGAAUAUACAGGGCAAUGUGAAUGUGUAACUGGGUUUGGUGGACAAGAUUGUAAAAGUCCGGUUUGUGGUGGAUUAUCUGUUCAAAACGAUCAAAGACCAAUAAGAAAUGAAAGUGAACCCUCUUGUGAUUGUUACGAUGGAUGGGGCGGUAUUAAUUGUAAUAUUUGUCAACAAGAUUCCAUUUGUAAUGCAUUUUUGCCUGAUGGUGUGGAGGAUGGUGGUGUUUGUUACAAACAAGGCAUUUUAGUUCAUCAGGUUUUCCAAGGUUGUAAUGUUACAAAUCCAAAGAUCUUGAGCAUUCUAAAUGGGAAACAACCACAAGCGACCUUUUCUUGCAAUAACACCUCUGAAGAAUGUGGGUUUCAAUUUUGGGUUGAUCAAGUAGAAAGUUUUUAUUGUGGACUAGAUAAUUGUACUUUUGAAUACGAUAUUGCUGGAAACACCACACAUUACAAAUGUGAAAAUGUCGAAUGCAAAUGUUUGCCUGACGAAUUUUUGUGUGGGAAAAGUGGAUCUAUUGAUAUAUCUGAUUUUUUGACUGAAACUAUCAAAGGACCCGCAGAUUUUAGUUGUGAUUUACGGGAUCAAAAUUGUAAGUUUAGUGAGCCAAGUAUGGAUGGAUUGAUAUCUAACGUGUUUGGUGAUUCUUGCAUUACUUUGCAUUGUGAAUCUGGUGAGUGUAUCCAUUAUAGCGAAAUCCCUGGUUAUACCAUACCAAAAAAUCCAAGUAAUAAGAGAGCACAGGUUAUCACUAUUUGUAUAACUGUUUUUAUAUUGGGAUUAAUACUGAGCACCACAAUUAAUUGUAUAACUAAUUCUCCGCUUUUUCUUUCAUCUGCAUCCGGCAAAAUAAAAUUGGCUGAUGAUUAUGAUGAUGAUAGCUCCUCGUUUUCUUCGUUGUUGUACAAUGAUUUAUCUGAAGAAUUUUUGUAUAAUACCGUUAAUGCCACGUUAACUUUUGAGAACAUUGAAUAUUAUGUUGGGAAAAAUAAAAAAACCCCCGGUAGCAAGGUUUUGAACAAGGUAUCUGGGAUUGUUCAACCAGGACAGAUAAUGGCCAUCAUGGGGGGUUCUGGUGCAGGAAAAACUACUUUGUUGGAUAUUUUGGCCAUGAAAAAUAAAUCAGGUACAGUCGAAGGAACCAUCAGAAUUAAUGGACAGAAAAUGGGUCCCACGGAAUUUCGCAAAAUUACUGGUUUUGUUGACCAAGAUGAUCAUUUAUUUCCCACACUAACUGUCUACGAAACGGUUUUAAAUAGUGCAUUGUUGAGGUUACCGUCCAAAAUGAGUUUAAAAUCCAAGCAUAAAAGAGUAGAAAAAGUUUUGAAAGAAUUAAGAAUAUUUAAUAUUAAGGAUAAAUUAAUUGGGAAUGAUUUUGAAAGAGGUAUCAGUGGAGGUGAAAAGAGAAGAGUUUCAAUUGCCUGUGAACUAGUUACAUCACCAUUGAUUUUGUUUUUAGAUGAACCAACCUCAGGAUUAGAUUCAAACAAUGCAAGGAAUGUCGUUGAAUGUUUGUUGAAGCUAGCUAACCAUCAAAAUAGAACAUUAGUUGUUUCAAUUCAUCAACCACGUUCUAACAUUUUUAAAAUGUUUGAUAGGUUAAUUUUGUUGAGCAGUGGGGAAAUGUGUUAUUCUGGCGUGACAAGUGACGUUGGUGGAUUUUUGAAGAAUUGUGGAUACGAAUGUCCCAGAGAUUAUAAUAUUGCGGAUUAUUUAAUAGACGUUACAUUUGAUGAAAAGGAUAGUACUGGUAAAGCGGACAUUGCUACCACACUUGCUAUUGACAAUGAAGAAGUACAGCCGCCACAAGUUCAUAAUAUAGACGACGAAUUAAGAGAGAGUAAUAAUAGUAGCAAUAGUACUAAUAGAAACGAAUGGGAACAUUACGCUGAGCAUCGAGAUGAAAUUAGAUCGUUAUUGUUUAAGGAUAACGAUAAUGGUAAUGGUGGUGGUAAUACUAUCUCUAGCUCCAAAGGUAGUGUUGGCACUGGCUUGUUAUGUAAAGAGUUUCAAAGCAGCAGCAUUUAUCAGCAAUUAUUAUACGACGUCAAUAUGGAGACUGUUAAUAGUAAUACCCAUAAUAUUAAAUUACCGACUGGCUGCGGUAAAGCUUCGUUUAGUGAACAAUUAAGUAUUCUAUGUUCUAGAUCCUUCAAAAAUGUUUAUAGAAAUCCUAAACUGUUAAUAGGAAAUUACUUAUUAACUGUUAUAUUAGGUGCAUUUUUAGGUGCAUUAUAUUAUAAAGUAGAAGAUGAUAUUAGUGGAUUUCAGAAUCGAUUGGGCCUAUUUUUUUUCAUCAUAACAUUUUUUGGAUUUUUAUCAUUUACCGAGUUGAGUGCCUUUUAUUUGGAGAGAAUUAUUUUCAUAAAGGAAAGAUCUAAUAACUAUUAUCACCCACUGGCUUAUUUUAUAAGUAAAAUUCUGAGCGACGUAUUACCAUUAAGGAUUAUUCCACCUUUUAUUUUAGCAAUUGUGCUUUAUCCAUUAGUUGGCUUAAAUAUUAAAGAUAAUGCUUUUAUCAAAUUUAUAGGAAUAUUGGUGCUUUUUAAUUUGAGUGUAUCUUUUGAAAUUUUAACUAUUGGGAUAAUUUUUGAGGAUUUGAACAAUUCUAUUAUUAGCAGCGUGCUAAUAUUGUUGUGGUCGAUUUUAUUCAGUGGAUUGUUUAUUAAUACACAAGAUAUAACUAAUUUUAUUUUUAAAUAUAUGAAGAAUUUCUCAUUAUUUUAUUAUGCUUAUGAGUCUUUGAUUAUUAAUGAAGUUAAAUCAUUAACUUUGAAGGAAAAGAAAUUUGGUUUAAGUAUUGAAGUCCCAGGUGCCACAAUUUUAAGCACAUUUGGGUUCCAGGUUGCUAAUUUGAAAUUUGAUAUUUUAAUGUUAUGUGUAGCUAUAUUUGGGUUCCUGAUCACUGCCUAUUUGAUAUUAAGAUUUUUCGUCGUAGAAAAUAGAUGA